AUGGGCUCUUCGCCGCUCCCCGUCAGCUUGCAGAGCAAGUUCCUGAAUUCCAGACCUGCAUCUCGUCUGCGAGAUUACCGAGGGAAUCUCGACAUUGUCCGAAAUCUCGUCUUUUUCUUCUUCGUCCUCGGCAUCGUUCGCAGAUCCUUCUAUUUCCUUCGUGGCCAUGGCAUCGUCGGCUCCAUCCUCCUCGGCGUCCACAAGGCUCAUAAGACCGCAUACAAGAUCUUCCUGAACCUCCCCGGCGUACGGAGUCAGGUGGCCAAACAGCUGGCCCUGACUCGCAAAGGCCUCGAGGAAAAACUGGCGCCUAUGGGCCCUGGGACGACUCGAUAUCUCACUCUCCCCAAGGAGCCAUGGACGACCGAGCAGCUUCGUGCAGAAUUGGAAACGCUCUCUUCCAUGAAACGUACGAGAUGGGAGGAAGGUAAAGUGUCCGGCGCAGUUUACCAUGGCGAGAAAGACCUGUUGGACAUCCAAUUCGAGGCAAUGAGGCUGUUCAGUGUUUCGAAUCCCAUCCACGCCGAUGUCUUCCCAGCAGUGAGGAAGAUGGAGGCCGAAGUUGUGGCAAUGGUUCUAGCUCUGUUCAACGCCCCUACCUCCGGCGCAGGAGCUACUACAUCUGGAGGGACAGAAUCCAUUCUCAUGGCUUGUCUCUCUGCAAGGCAGAAAGGCUACACGGAAAGGGGUAUAAGACACCCUGAGAUGAUCAUUCCGAGCACUGCUCACGCCGCCUUCCUGAAGGCAGGCAGUUAUUUUGGGAUCAAGGUCCAUCAAGUCGUUUGCCCGGCACCCGAGUACAUGGUCGAUGUGCACCGUGUGCGAAGGCUGAUCAACCCAAACACAGUCCUCCUUGUUGGAUCUGCACCAAACUACCCGCACGGUAUUGUCGACAACAUCCCGGCGCUGUCCAAGCUCGCCGUAUCUUACAAGAUCCCACUCCACGUUGACUGCUGCCUCGGCUCUUUCCUGAUGCCAUCAUUAGCCAAAGCUGGAUUCCCCUCUCCCUGGGCGGAUGAAGGUGGCUUCGAUUUCCGCCAGUCUGGCGUCACUUCCAUCAGCGUCGACACCCACAAAUACGGAUUUGCCCCUAAGGGAAAUUCAUGUGUCCUCUACCGUAACCGACAAUUCCGCGAGUAUCAAUACUUCCUGUGCCCGGAGUGGUCGGGCGGAGUCUACGGCUCACCCUCGAUAGCGGGUUCCCGACCGGGCGCUCUGAUCGCAGGAUGCUGGGCGAGCAUGAUGUCCGUAGGCGAAAAGGGCUACAUCGACGCGACGCACAAGAUCGUCUCCACGAGGAUCACUAUCCAGAAUGCGAUUACCGAGCAUCCCUCUCUGAAGGAGACCUUGUCCAUAAUCGGCAGCCCCCUUGUCAGUGUUGUGGCUUUCGAGUCCAAGGACCCGGCCAUCUCCAUCUACGACGUCGCAGAUGCCAUGUCUAAGAAACACUGGCACUUGAACUCGUUGCAGUCUCCAGCCGGCGUGCAUGUCGCGGUGACGUUGCCGAUGACGAGGCCUGGCGCUGUGGAUGGCUUAAUUGACGACCUCGUCGCGGUGGUCACGGCUGAGAAGGAGAAGGCCGUUGAGAGAGUCAAAGCUGGUGGCCCGAUCGAAAAGGGUAAAGGCAACUCCGCCCAGCUGUACGGUGUCGCCGGCAGUUUACCGGAUAAGUCUGUGGUUGGCCAGAUCCUCGUCGCGUAUCUUGACACUUUGUACAAGGCAUAA